AUGACGACUGGCGCGAGAGACUCGCUCAUAGCUAUCUGCUUUCUAUGGGCAAUUUUUGCAGCGGUAGUAUUUGCUCGACUCUGGGGCAGAUAUCGUGGAAUUGGCGUUGGCGGAGAUGAUAUCUUGGCUUUGGCUGCUUGUUUUCUAUCAGGCAGUACAAUAGGCAUGAAUACAGCAGUUCUUACGUCUGGUGUCGGGUACAACUUCGACCCUGACUCUGAGGUGUAUCCAAAAUUGCUCAAUAACAUGCAAUUCAUCUUGAAGACGACUUUUGCUUUCACGCUUAUCUACCUUUGGGCACUGGCGUCCUUGAAGCUCAGUCAGCUCUGGUUCUAUUACAGAGCCUUUUCUGUUCAACUCAAGUGGUGGAUCUUCCUUAUUGGCAGCGUUGUCAUUGCAUGGGCUUUGGUCUUCACCUUCGUCUUCAUCUUCCUCUGUAAUCCGAUUUCCCAACAAUGGACAGUGCAGCGAAUCGGGCACUGCAUGGACCAGAUCCUGGUGCUCAAGUGCAUUAUCAUGACAAACCUUGUCACCGACCUGUUCAUUGUAAUUCUACCUAUCUGGACUGUCUGGCAAUUGCAAAUGCGAAAAACCGAAAAGCUUGCUGUUAUUGCUUGCUUUGCCCUCGGCUUAGCAUGCUGUGUGAUUGGCAUUGUUCGAUUCUGGCAGAUCUACGUUAUCGAUCUCAUUGGCAAUUUGACUGGCACUUCCUUGACUACAUUCAUGUUAUGCACGGUCGAGCUCAUGCUUGCAGGUCUUUGCAUCAAUAUCCCUAUGCUUCGACCCUUCUACCUCAGAUGGAGAGCCAAGUACAAGUCCUCCUCGAUCGAAAAUUCCAAUAGCCAGAGUGCAUUCAACAAGGGAUCGCGGAGUGGGCAGAUCAAGGUGCAACCCAAACCUGGUCAGUACACAGCAUGGAUAGAACUGGUUAGUUGUCAAAUUUUCCAAUGGCAUUCAAGCCGCUUGUAA